GAUGGUGUGGAUGAACUCUGUGGCAAGCGGAAGGGCUGCGUACCAGCCGACUGACGUGGAGCAUUGGGCCAACAUGGUCACGCACGGGUUAUUUGUCCUCCCGGCCAUUUAUGGAGCUGUGGUCAUGGUCAUGGCUUGCCGUUCUGACUUACAUCAGCUGGCGGCUUUCAUUUAUGGGGCAGGGCUCGCCGGCCUCUUCAGCGUCUCCACUUUCUUCCAUAUUGUCUUCUAUCUCGGAUAUUACAAAAACCUUAAAGAAGUUCUCCAUCGCAGUGAUAGAGCUAUGAUCUAUGUUUUUAUCGCUACCUCAUACACCCCAUGGCUGCUAUUGCGACCCAUGCCUCUGGAUUCCUGGACUCAGCAUUUAAGGUGGGGGAUAUGGGUUCUGGCAGUUCUUGGAAUCUUGUACCAGCAGCUCUUCCACGAGAGGUUCAAGAUGCUGGAGACCAUAUUCUAUCUUAUCAUCGGCAUCCUUCCCUCCCUGGCAGUCAUGGACAUGGACGAUGCUUCUGGCCUAGAAGAGCUCAAGCUGGGGGGGGCCAUCUACGUCCUGGGCGUGAUCUUCUUUAAGCUGGAUGGCCGCAUCCCUCUGGCACAUGCCAUAUGGCAUCUCUUUGUGGUCCUAGCAGCCUUCAUUCAUUACUAUGCUGUCCUCACCUACUUGAUCCUUCCUCCAGCAUCUGACAGCACCUCCUCAGCCAUGGGGAUAGGAGGGGGAGUCGAAGGCAAGGCACCUGAGACAUGUGAUGCAUCUCUGCCUGAGUGCUCUAGCUUGUAGGAUGGGUAUGCUCCCAGUGCAGGUUGGUUGAUGUGAUUGUUGGGUGGGCCAAAAGUCAAGUAUUAAUAUUCCUCAGGUGACAUUUUUCGAUACUGGCUUUGGGGGUUUUCUAUAUGCUGUGAGACAGGUGGGUGCAGGUGCCAGCUUUUGAUCAGGAGAGUUGCUAACUUUUCUGAUAGCCAUCAAGGAUGGAAGAGCAGAGUGUCAUACACUGCUAGGACUAACAUUCUUGUUCUGGUAUGGGAUCAUGAUAUUUUUGGUUUUCCCUUGACACCUUUAUUUUUGUUUAUAGAAUUGUCAUGGAUACUUUGUAUAAUUGUUUUAGGACAUUACAGUAUACUUAGUAAAUCAAGUAUUGAUUAUCAGGAAUAUUAGAAUUUGAGCUUGGAGUCACACUUUACUCAGAAGCAGUGGUGCUUAUGCACAUGCAAACACACAAAUAUUAUGAAUAGAAAUAAACUUUACUGUAGAUGGAUAUCAUCUUUGGUUUUGUGAAAUAACCAUGUUCAUAUGUGAUUAAUUGAAGUUGGUAUUAGGAGUUAGCUACAUUAAACCAGUGUUUCUCAGUAUUCCACUUCACUGUUCAUCUACAGCAAUUCCUAAGUCUGAAAAGGCAAGAGAAUAGUAUAUUUGUAUUAAAGCAAAGCAAUAGUGAUGUUUUGCAGUCAUAAAUACUAUAUGGAAAAAAUAUAUAUUUGAAUUUCAUUUCAUUAUGCUAACAAAAUAAGUUUAUCACCCACUCAUGUAAAAUAUAUAGAACCUAGCAUAAUGCAGGAAAUAGGAAAAACUUGACUGAAUCCUUCUCAUGUCCUCAAAGGUUAAACAGACUAUAGAAAACUGGUUAUGGAUUUCAAGGACAGACAAGACUACUCACAUCCCAUUCCAAAAACAUGAUUGGAAAGGUGUUCAGUCAUCUCCAGUUCCUCAAGUUUUCACAGUGAUUUAAAGGCUCUUUUUCUUUGAAAGGUGAGAAAGAUUGAAGGGAAUUCUGUAGAGAACCACUACGUAUGAUGUACUGGUUUUCAUUACUUCUGUGAUGCAGUAAUCAAAGGUGGCUUCACUAUAAACCAUUGGAUGAUGUACUGACAAUAAUGUUCAGGGUUAUUUAGUAAUUACAACAUGAUCUUACAUUUCUCUUCAAUUUUAUUACAAGCUCUCUGAAGUGCCACAAUUUGUCCACAACUUGCUGCUCUUGAACUGUUGAAAUUUGUCAUGUGUUAUUUUAUUUGAGCAUCAGGUAUUUAGACAAAACAACACCUCAUGUAUGUAAGGCAUAUUAUAUGUAUAUGUAAAUUUUACAUAACCAUUAUGUUUGAGUGAUAUUGAUAUAUCUUAUUUUUAUGAUGAUUAUUAUCUAAUUCAGCAUUUUUGUCAUUAGAGUUCCAUUAGGUAUUUCCUCACCUUGACCAAUGAAGCUUUUCCAUUACAACGAGAUGUUAUACAUUGCAUUUAAUUUAUGCUUUUAUAUGUUAGUGUGAUUAUACCAUGCUAAUAGUUAUUGGUGAAAAAUAAUAAAUGGAACUUUAAAUGUAAUGUAAAAAUUGAGGGAACAAGAAAACUUCUUUGCUUUUAUAAAUGUCACAGAAGGAAUUAGAACAAUUUGCUAUUAUGUUAUAAUUUAUUUUCCAAAUCAGUCAAGCUUUUACUCACCUGAUGUCAUUGAAUCAUCAAAACUUAUGGUAAUAGACUUCAUUUCUACAAUUGUUUUAGUUUAUGACCUCCACAAGUUUAGUGGUUAAUUAUGAUAAAACAUAACUAGAACUUCUUAACAUUUGAAGAACACAAAGUCAUCAGGUUUUGUGUUGAAAUGCUUGUUUUGUUUAAGAAAAUGAAAGGAUAGGGAAAACAAGUUUAAAGAGAGAUGUUCACAACUGCUCUUGGUUGGAUUAUAGGAAAAACAUGGAUUGAUAUCAGAAUGGAAUUUUUUUUUUCUUUUUUCUUUUUCCUCUUAAAAUCAGAAGUCAAAUUGUUAUAUGUAUAUUUAUUUAUUUAUAUUUAUUUAUUUAUUUAUUUAUUUAUUUAUUUAUAUAUAUAUAUUAUAUAGAAAGAGUGUAAAAUUCUCAGAUUUGUGUAAGUGUUUUUUUGUUGUACUUCAACCAAGUAUUAAGGUAUUGGAUAUACUUAUUGUACUAGAUGUAUGCACUGAAUUUCUUACCUGCAGUAUCGUAAGAUUUUAUUGGUCUAAAGUAUUAUUCCUCCCAAUUAUAGAAUUAUAAGAGAUGGGCCAUUGCAAACAUUUGCAAAUGAAGUAGAAGUAAAAGACUAAUAUGUGUAUAUUUGCAGUAUUAUGAUAUUAAAAAAAGUGAUCAUUUUGAGUUUUGAGACUGAGGAGCAGUUGCUUUAGAUGAAUAUCAGUAUUCCCUUUUAUAAGAUACCAAGAAAGGUGGUCAGACAGUACAGCAACAUUUAUUGGAAAAAGGGAAGAAAAAUAAAUGUUUUUUGUACCAUGAAUCAUCAAAUCCCCAUUUAUGACAUACAAACUGCUGUGUGUUACAACCUAUGGCAGUCUAGAGUAAGGAUGCAGUGUCGGAAUAUUCAGCGAAUAUUGUUCGCCCUAAUGGAAGCAUGUAAUAAUUGUAUCCACUCAAGACUUCUUUAAUAUUCAUACUCUAUUUUAUGAUAAAAAAAAAAAAAAGUUGUAGAGGAAAUACAACUUAACCAUAAGUAGAAACACAGUAGUUAGGUCUUCAUGCUAUAAAGGAUUAAACAUAGUUAAAUGUGAAAUUAUUUUUCUAGUCAUUUCACUGCCACACUGCAAGAAUAUAUAUUGUUACAUUUGCCACCAUGACAAGUGAAUGAGUUUAUGGACCAGGUUUAAUAGUUAUGAACCAUAGUUGUAGCUACAGAUAAUUUCCAUCAUGAUUGUCAUUGCCUGUGUAGGAUUUUCACAUUUGAGCAUCUGUGUUGUGCUAAAAUUAUAAAAUUCGUCACUAUGCUUUCAGAUUUACAGACAAAUGAAUGAAAUUUCUUUUCUCAGAGAGCAGGUAAAUUAUCACUGUACAAAAAUAUGUUUAUCAAAAUAUUCCAAUUGUUAGUCAGUGAUUAAGCAUUUAAGAAUAAAAUUUUAUACUAACAUAGAAAAUCAUAGAAAUAUAUAAAUAGAGGUGUAUAAUAUUGAUAACUUUUUGAGAUUUUACAGUCACAUGGAUUAUAAAAUAACUACUUUCUGGAUUAGUGGCUUUGUAAAUAUCAUUUGCAGUCACUUCUUUUUACAAGCUUAAAAAAAAAAAAAAAAGUGUACCAACAGAAAUAUGCAUCAAAGUUGCCCUGCCAAAAGAUAAUUUAUUUAUUCACUAAUGUGAAAUAGAAAGGCAUUGAUGUGAGAAAUGCAUAUUUCCUAAAGCUUUUGAAGAAUGAUUUGGGCAUAUGUAAUUUUAAUUGCAAUACUAUCUCCAAGUGUCAUUUUUUAUUAUUAUUUUUAUCAUGUUUCUUCUUAUGAAGUAUAUCAUUUAACAUUUUCAGACAAUAUGAAAUGUUUAUAAACAUGUAUAUACAUUUAUACAUACACUGAAAGGCUGACAGUCUUGAUUUGAACCCAACGAUUAAUUGGCUUUAUUAAUGCCAGUAUGAGAUUAGUGUAUAGUUGUUGGGUGUGCCAGUAAGCGAUAGCAAAUUAGUUGGAAGAAGUCUAAAGCGUGCUAAUGUGACAAUGCUUUUAUCGACCAGUAAAGAACAUCGAGACUAGACAAGUAGGUGUAUUUAUUUCUUGUAUAUGGUAAAUAUUAUCUUGGGACAAUGAAGAGGUGGGAAAAACUUUGGAUAUUAAUGGAAGCUCUUUAGUCCUUGUCUUGGGGCUUGUUUACAUGAUCAGUUUCAGAGCAUGGCACCGAAAGCAUUCCUCAAAACUGAUGAUAUAGACAAACACUGAACGUAAAGUAUUAUACCUUUAUUAGGGAUAGUAAUCAAUGUUUAUCCGUUUAGCAUUUUCUAAAAAUUCUACACAAGAGUUUUGUAAAAUUUAACCAAAUUGCAAAUGUUCUGGUUUUUAAAGGAGUUACUGACACUUUAAUCAGAUGUCUGGACUCAGUCAUUGCAUUCACAUCCUAAGCAGUAGUGGCUGUAACUUUGCAUUGCGCACCAACUCCACACUUAAGUCCUGAUCCAAAGUGUGACCAUGUAGAAUGAAUGUAAGCAAGCCCUUUAAGAUAUGUAAAAUUUUCCCUACAAGUUUCCCACUCUCUGCACCAGCCAGGCAGUGGCAGUGCCAAAUGUAUUGUCACUUUUUGUGUAUCUAUGAUUAGCAAUGCAUGCUUCCUCCUGUAUGUCGUAUCUAAUACUUCGUUCAACUCUGCAGUCUUGUGCUCAUUUAGGUUGCUGCUUAUAAACAUCUGUUCCCAGACAGUAUUUACUAGUUUCCAGUUCUCGUCUUCCUUUCUCCCGUGUGCCAAAAUUCCCCUGGAGUUUUGUGAUGUAUUGUUAGAUGUAGACAUGCAGAAAUAUACCAAGUGCUACGACUGAUAUGCAUUUUGUCAUCAACCUAGCAUCAAAGGUGUACUUGUACUGUAUAUGUAAAUGAAGAAAUCUUUAAAAAGUUUCAGAAGGAACAGUUAAGUGUUUGCACAUAUUUGUAGAUUUUUUUGAUUACUUAAAAUUAUUUUCAAAGCUGGGUUGGUAGCCAGUAGGUCAGAUUUUCAGCUUUCAUGGAGUAAAGAAAAAGAAUUGUGUAACAUUUGAAUUUAUGAUUUUUUUGUUUGGGUUUAUGUAUUAAAAUGAAUCUGUUACUUGCUUCAAAGGAAUCUUCAUGGAUGUUUCUAUGCAAUAUGCAAUUUGUUAUUUACUUGCUAUUAAACUAUAUUGCAGUAAUUAUGUUUUGGCUAUUGUAGUGUUCAAAUAUGCAAAUGAAAAAUGUAAAAAAAUUGGGUUAUAAUAUUACCUUUUAAUAGUUUGCUAGUUGUUAUUCUUAUCAGUAACACUCCUCUGUAAUGAUGCUAAUUUGAGGCAUCUUUAUUCUUCAGCAAUGAAUAAACCUGAAAUCCUC